CGGAGGGAAAAUCUAUAGGAUCCUCACGUGAGUGGACUUGCUGGAGCGUAGGCCAGCAAGGGAGGGGGAAGAGCACUUUGUUAUCCCUCCCAGGCUACGCAGGCCUCACUGAGAAUGGGCAACAAAGAGGAAGAGGACACUGAGGAAGCCUGGCUACAGCUGCGGCCUGUGGAGCCCUCUCCUUCCCAGUGCUGUGGCAGUGGCUGCUCACCCUGUGUGUUUGACCUCUACCACCGAGAUCUGGCAAGGUGGGAGGCAGCCCGAGCUAGCAAUGACAGGAGCCUGUUGAGUGGGAAGCAGUCACAGAGCUGCCCUUCCAACCUGAGCCCAGAGACCUUCCUGGCUUUCCACAUCAGUGCUAUGGACAAAAUUACUAAGGACACCUACCAUGUUCGAUUUGCACUACCUGGAAACAGCCCACUUGGCCUGCACCCUGGGCAGCACCUCGUCCUACGAGGGAUAGUAGAUGACUUGGAAAUUCAAAGAGCCUACACACCCAUCAGCCCUGCCAAUGCAGAAGGAUACUUUGAAGUUUUAAUCAAGUGCUACCAGACCGGGCUGAUGUCCCGGUGUGUCAAGUCCUGGAGAGUGGGAGACAUAGCUUUUUGGCGAGGACCUUUUGGAAGCUUCUACUAUAAACCAAACGAGUAUGGUGAGCUCCUCAUGCUGGCUGCAGGCACAGGUCUGGCCCCCAUGGUUCCCAUCCUAAAGAGCAUCACAGACAGUGCAGAUGAUGAGACCUUUGUCACCCUGGUCUGCUGUUUCAAGACCUUUGAGGGCAUCUACCUGAAAACCUUCCUCCAGGAGCAGGCCCGUUUCUGGAAUGUCCGCACUUUCUUCGUACUCAGCCAGGAGACCUCCCCAGAGCAACUUCCCUGGAGUUACCGAGAGAAGACCCACUUUGGUCGCCUGGACCAGGACCUGAUUGAAGAGCUGGUUGGUUGUUGUCGGAGAAAGCCAUUUGCCUUGGUCUGUGGCUCCCCCAAGUUUACUGAGGACAUGGCCAAGUACUUGCUGUGUGCAGGCCUGACCAAGAACUCCUACUUCCUCUUCUAGCUCUGGUCUCUUUGCAAAGCCCAACCAGGGCUUGCUACAGGGACGUGGGAAGAAUCUCAGACUAGAACCAGAAGUCAUGGCGCCCAGGCAUGGCACUACUGCUCACUUGCCAUGUGACCUCGGGCAAAUGUCUUCACCUCUGAGGAUUUCUAUUUCUUGUCUACACUAUGGGGUUAGUCAUUUCCUCCUGGCAUCCUGCUUCAUGGAGGGAGGACAGGCUGUGCGAGCCCUGAGGCAGCAAGCAGCCAGCCUUGGAGUCAGGGAGGACUCCUCUAAGGAAGCCAAGUCCAGGAUAAGUAGCAGUUGGACAGGAGAAGGGGGAGCUGCCCUGGUCCCUCCAAUUAUAAGACCCUUUUAGGAGCUGUAACUGUGGUGACCAGCUCAGAACACCUAAGUUAUCCCUCAGUGUUUAGGGAAUGACCCCAGGAGAAGUAAUUGCUCUUUGGAAAAGGACCUUAACUUAUAUACCUUGUGCACUGAAGGCCUUGGAUUCUGGCUUGCCAGCAUUUGUGGAGCAAGGCAUUGCCCUAGACAACCUCUGUCUUGGCCCCAAGCCUGUCCCACUGCACGCGGCUUUGCACUCUGUCUCCCUUCUCUGACUCUAGAGCCUGGCCAGCCCAGAGCCCUUUCCUCAGCGUAAGAAGAGGCCCGGAGGCCGGCACUUUCCCUCCUCCCACAGGUGGCUGGCUCAGCCCGAGCCUUCAGCUGGGUGCCCUGGUGACGGUUGCUAAGGAGAUCUAAAGAUAGAGCAGGAGACCUGGGUCCCUCUCCCAGCUCUGCCCACUGAGUGGUUGCUGAUUCAUUUCCCCCCAGCCCUCCCCAUCCCACUCCCUCCAUCCUGCACAGGGCAUGCCCCCUUCAGGGAGCCUGGUGCCCCUGGGCGGUGCACUGCACUUAAUGAACGCUGCUUUUUGCGAUCUGGGUUCCAGUGUGCUGUAUCCACACGUGCUAGCUACAGGUCAUCCCCAAACUGGAAUUCUAAGCAGUGGAAACUUAGCCAUGGUACCUUAAGAACUAGGCUUUUGCAGUCAUAAAUUUCUAGUCCUCAUAUCAAAGCUGACAGUUCAGGAUGCUAGAAAACAUCCAGUCCAACAGAGUGGUAUAAAUGGGGAAAUCAAGGCCCAGUGAGGCUAAAUGACUUGCUCAGAGUGAAAGAGUUAACAGCAGAACCGGUGCCACAAGUUUCCUUAUCGCAACCCUGUUCUCAGUUCUCCACCAGUGGUUUUCAAAAUGGACUCCACAGGGCUCUUGCAUAGAUGGCAGCAGUGAAGAGAUGGCCAGAGGGAUCUCCAGACCCCACUUCAGCCAGAGCCAUUCUAUUUUUAUCCUAUUUAUAUACUGGGAUGUGGAGUAAUUUUGUCAGAAAGGAUUUUCCUGUCCCUCCCCAAAAGUUGCAACAAAUGUGCUGUAUCACGUUCACCAAAUAGUCUUGAUAAGCAACAGAAGGACGCUCAAAGGGUUCACACUGUUCCACAGGAAGUGAUUCUGUGCCAGGUGGAGGAGGGGCUGCUGGUGUGACCUUCUCCAAGAACCAUGCAUGUGAGCAUAUUAAAGGCUUCCAGAAGACCAUGUGUUUCAUUUGGUUUGACCCAGAGUUUCUCAGGCGUUUUCCUGUGGAACACUUCUGUGGGGCCAGGCCCUCCCCAGCACAGUGUGAUGAAAGGAAACCUCCUGCCAGUGUCGUCCUCCUGCUGCCCUCUGCCAGUACAUCCUAUGGAUUCUGCUCGCAGGGGUUUCCGGGGGCAAUUAUGAGCUGAACUCUGUUCUAGACCUUAGGAAACAACAGUGGGCAGGUGCUGCCUUUCUGUUGGGAAGCUCCAGCCUAGCCUGGAAGGCAGGAGUUAAACUUGUAGAUCUGGAAGAAAUGAGUGUUAUAAAAAUGGAGUGUGGAGUACCAGGGCUACGUAGCCAGAGGCUGCCAGGGACAUGCCACUGUGCCACUGUGGAUGGAGAAUACUCUCACUCAAAACUAGGGGUGGAGUUGGGGUCCUCACUUAAAGAGUAAAGGUUGGGGGCAGUUCCUGUAUGUUUUUCUUUGUACCAUUUUAGAGAUUUGAUGUUUAGGUAUUAGUCAAGGUCACCUAGUGGUCAACAGCCCCUCUUGCCCUAGAGUGGUUAUCCUUCCCCUCGCUCCACUUAGAGUCUUUGCAGUCUGGGUGCUAGUGGGAUCACUUGCCAUGGGACAUUGAUGUGGACCUAGCCAUGCCUGUCACCAGACACUUGAGAGCAUGUAUCUGGUGUUGUGUCUUGCAGGGUGCCAAGGGAGCCCCAGAAGAGGAGAAGUGGUUGAGAUGUAUAAAAUUAGAUCUCUCGGGAUUGGGGGCAAGAGUCCAGGCAGCUGCCCAUUCCUCCCAGCUGUCCUGUUGGUGCCCCAUGCAGGCUGUGGGAGGCAUGCUGUGGGUACCAUGUGAUAUUGCAAUGGGAGAAGGGAAACUUAGGAGCACGACAUCACCCAAAGGCAUCAGGAGGUCAACAAAGUGUCCACAGUUCUGUGAUCAGACAGGUCUCAGACUUGCCUCACAAAUUCUGAGCUUCAGGAACAGCCACCAGCUCUAGGCCCAGGCUCUCCCCUCUGGACCCUUCUCCACACUAUAACUAUCAUUUUCCUAAUGUGCAAAUCCAAGCCUGUCACUGUCCUACUUAAAGUCCUUCCAUGGCUCCUUGUUACCUUCAGGACAUGGCAUCUCAGUUCUGCUUACCUCUCUCGGCCUGUCCUGUGCUGCCGCCUGCCUUGCACCCACCUCUAACACUCCACAGGUGUUCUCUGGCGUCAUUGCUCCCUUCACGCUUGCUGUUCCUGCCUGGCCAGCCUCCUGACUUCCAGUCUCCCACUCUCAUUUUGUGCCUCCUCAUCUCCUGAACUCCUGGUUCAGCAUCUCUUCCUUGGGAAGCCUUGCCGCCUUUUCCACCCCAGACUAGAGCAGUGAGUGGAGACUCUUGAGUUCCUCCACUGCCACACCCGUCAGUGAGCACAGAAAGACCCUGCAUCACCAGCAGAGAUGGUGCACUGUACAUCCUGAAGGUCCAACACCUGAGUGAUGAGCAGUAUUCAUAGAGCAAGUGACAGGUGGCAGAAUGCUUUUCAUCUUCAGCGAAGCACAGAAUCUUCACAAAUAUUUAUGCUAUUUGGUUAUCCCAAUUUACAGAUGAAGAAACUAAGCUUCCAAGUCAUCAGGCAAUUCUCCAAGGUUAUGUAAGGGACACAAGUUCCAACCUGUGGUGAUGGUUAUAAAGGUCAUAUAUGACACAUGGGUACACCUGGAUAUGUGUAUAAAGAUUUUUAUUGCUGAACUGUUUGAAACCGCAAAAGCUAAAAACUGUAUGUCCCUGAAGAAAAGAAUAAAUGAACAGUUCCUCUUUG